CUGGCUCAGUCACACAGCUGCGCGGUAGCUGCCGGAAGCAGUUCGCAUUGGCUGCCGGGAUCGCGGUGAUGUGGCCCCCCCUGCCCCCGCCCCCUCCCCGCCCCGCGAUGUCGGAGGAAACCCGACAGAGCAAAUUGGCUGCGGCCAAGAAAAAGCUCAGAGAGUAUCAGCAGAAGAACAGCCCUGGUGGUCCCGCAGCAGGAAGGAAGAAGAAGAAACUGAAAAAUGGCAGCAGCCCCGAGACAGCCCCUGCUGGGGGCUGUCACCCCACCGAGGAUAUUCAGGACAUUCUGAAGGUGCUGGUGUCCGACCUUAACCGUUCCAAUGGGGUAGCGCUGCCCCCAUUGGACAAGUGGAAGGCGCCCAACGACUGUGCGGCUCCUGCAGCACCCUCUGCUGAUGCCACCGUGUUACCUGGCGGUGUAGCGUCCCCUGGCACUAGUCUAACCAGCACGGCGCCGACUCAGAACCAUGCUGCUGACCAUGGCCCUGCCCUCAUAGAUGAGACCAAGACUUUGUCAUCCACGGAGAGCCUGCGUCAGCUUUCUCAGCAGCUCAAUGGUCUUGUGUCCGAGUCCACAUCCUACCUCAAUGGAGAGGGCCUCACGGCUUCUAACAUGAAGGAUCUGGAGAGCCGGUACCAAGAGCUGGCAGUAGCCCUGGACUCCAGCUAUCUAACAAACAAACAGCUCAGUAACACCAUAGAGGAAUUGAAACAACAGAACCAAGAAACUCUGGAUCAAGUGGAAAAAGAGAAGAAAGAAUGUCAGCAGAAGUUGGCCAAGGAGCAGGGGGCUUUAAGAGAACAACUGCAGGUUCACAUUCAAACCAUUGGGAUUCUUGUGUCUGAGAAGGCGGAUUUACAGUCGGCCCUGGCUCACACCCAGCAGGCAGCCAGGCAGAAAGCAGGAGAGUCUGAGGACCUUGCUAAUCGCCUGCAGACGACCCGCCAGCGCGUCGGAGAGCUGGAGCGGACGCUGUCUGCCGUCUCCACGCAGCAGAAGCAGGUGGACAGGCACAACAAGGAGUUGACCCAAGAGCGAGAUGCUCUCAAACUGGAGUUAUACAAGAACAACAGAAACAACGAGGACCUGAAGCAGCAGAACUCUGAGCUCCAGGAGAGGCUUCGCGUCCUCGAGACAGAGAAGAAGGCCCUGCAGCUGGGCACGGAGGAGCUGCAGAAGAAGCUGGAGAUGUCCGAGCUGCUGCUGCAGCAAUUCUCUAGUGAGUCUGGCGUCUCUGACGGUAGGCAGCAGCUUCAGCAGGCCAUGGAGGAGCGGGCCCAGCUGGAGAAACACGUGCAACAGCUGCUGGAGACGCAGACACACCUGCGGAUGGACAGGGACCGCUACGCAGAGGGCCUGGAGGAGGAGCGUGCCCUGUGGCAGGAGAAGAUGCAGCAGAUGUCUGUGCAGCUGUGCACGCUGAGGGAGGAGAAGGAGCACGGCCUGAGUCGGGUGCAGGAGCUGGAGACCACCGUGGCCGAGCUCAAGAGCCAGAGGGCGGAGCCUCCCGCCCCGGAGUCCGCAGCGCCCCCCGCGGGGCCGUCGGCGGCGGAGCAGCAGCUGCAGGCGCAGGCUGAGCAGCUGCAGAAGGAGCUGGAGAGCCUGGCGGGGCAGCUGCAGGCCCAGGUGCAGGACAACGCAGGCCUGAGUCGCCUGAACCAGCAGCAGGAGCAGCGGCUGCUGCAGCUGGAGCGGGAGGCGGAGCUGUGGGGCAGCCAGGCCGAGGAGCGCAAGCAGAUCCUGGAGAGCAUGCAGAGCGACCGCGUGACCAUCAGCCGCGCGCUCCUGCAGAACCGGGAGCUCAAGGAGCAGCUGGCCGAGCUGCAGGAUGGCUUCGUGCGACUGAGCAAUGACAACAUGGAGCUCACCAGCUCGCUGCAGGCCGAGCAGCACGUCAAGAACGAGCUGGCCAAGAAGCUCGGCCAGCUGCAGGAGAGGCUGGGGGAGCUGAAGGAGACGGUGGAGCUGAAGAGCCAGGAGGCUCAGAGUCUGCAGCAGCAGCGCGACCAGUACCUGGGCCACCUGCAGCAGUACGUGGCCGCCUACCAGCAGCACGCGGCUGCCUACCAGCAGCUGAGCUCCGAGAAGGAGGCGCUGCACAAGCAGAUUCUGCUGCAGACGCAGCUCAUGGACCGGCUGCAGCACGAGGAGGUGCAGGGCAAGGUGGCGGUCCAGGUGGCUCGCCAGGAGCUGCAGGAGACCCAGGAGCGCCUGGAAGCUGCCGCCCAGCAAAACCAGCAGCUGCAAGCUCAGCUGGGCCUCCUGGGCCUCCCUGGAGAGGGAGAUGGGGAGGAGGAGGAGGAGGAGGAGGAAACUCCCCAGGCCAAAGUGCCCGUCCCAGAAGACCUGGAGAGCCGAGAGGCCGUGGUGACGUUCUUUACGUCGGCUCUCGCCCGAGCCGAGGAAGAGCGGGCCCGGCUCCGCGGGCAGCUGAGGGAGCAGAAGGCUCGCUGCCGGCGCCUGGCUGUCCUUGCCGUGCCAUCGCAGGGGGAGCCCGAGGGGACCUCAGCCGCUGGGACUGGGGGUGACUCUGUGUCUGGGGAGACUCACCAGGCCCUCCAGGGGGCCAUGGAGAAGCUGCAGACCCGCUUUCUGGAGGUGAUGGCGGAGAAGGCGGAGCUCCGAGAGCGGGUAGAGGAGCUAGAACACCGCUGCAUCCAGCUCUCUGGAGAGACGGACACCAUCGGAGAGUACAUUGCCCUCUACCAGAACCAGAGGGCAGUGCUGAAGGAGCGGCACCGGGAGAAGGAGGAGUACAUCAGCCGGCUGGCCCAGGACAAGGAGGACAUGAAGAUCAAACUCCUGGAGCUGCAGGAGCUGGUGCUGCAGCUUGUGGGCGAGCGCAGCGAGUGGCAGGGCCGAGUCCUGGCUGCCGCCCCGGACCGCGCUGACCAUCCCGCUCCUGCGGCCCCAGCCCUGCAGGACGCUGCUGACCCGCAGGCUGGUCUUGGGGAGGUGAGCCUCGCCGACACCGUGGAGCCUGCGCGAGGAGAGGCUGGGGAGGGCUCGUCCACGCAGAACCCUACCGCGCAGCAGAUCAUGAAGCUGCUGCGGGAGAUCCAGCACCCCCAGGAGCGCCCAGGCCUGGGCACCAACCCCUGCAUCCCCUUCUUCUACCGGGCUGACGAGCACGACGAAGUGAAGAUCCUGAUCGUCUAACCCCAGAUGCCCUCAGCCCGGAGAGCCUCGCCCAGUCCUUGCCACACCCCUGCAAGCCACCCCGCCCCCUGCCCCUCCAUCCCAGUUCCCUUCCCUCUUAGAACCCUGAUGGGGAGAGAACGGCCUUCCCUCUUAGAACCCUGAUGGGGAGAGAACGGCCUUCCCUCUUAGAUAGAACCCUGAUGGGGAGAGAACGGCCUCUAGGCUGCCUCUCUGGAGGACCCUCGGGGGCUCCUGGAGCCUCCUCAUUUCCAGCUCCAUCCUCAGAGGCUGUGACCAACGUAGGCAGCGUUUGUGUGGCCCCCAGAACAGCCCAGACCGGGGGGCUCUCCUCUCCUGGGACAGUCAGCCAGGCAGUUUUCAUUGCCCCUCUUGGGCCUACUGUCAGCCUGGCUAGGGUUUAAUCUGGCCGGGACAUCAUGUGGGGGCCUCAGCAGGCACGGACACGAGCAGGCAAGAGCCAUGACCUGGCAGGGACAUCUCCAGUGCAGGCCAGCGUCAGGCGAUGGUCGUCUCCAAGCCACAGGCGUCCGUGGGCGAGGCCAUCUUCAGGCCGGAGAUACUUCAGGCCAGGGUCAUCUUCAGGCCGACAUCAUCUGUGGGUGAUGGCACCUGGGCACAAAAGGCAUCUUCAGGCAAUGGUCAUGGCUAGGCGGGGGCAUCUGGGCCAGGGGCAUCAUGGGUGAGCGUCAUCUCUGGGUUUUGUCACUUACGGGCCAGGGGCAUCAUGGGUGAGCGUCAUCUCUGGGUUUUGUCUCUUACGGGCCAGGGGCAUCAUGGGUGAGCGUCAUCUCUGGGUUUUGUCACUUACGGGCCAGGGGCAUCAUGGGUGAGCGUCAUCUCUGGGUUUUGUCUCUUACGGGCCAGGGGCAGCUAGGCAAGGAUCAUUUUGGGUCAGGGCAUCUUUGGGCGAGGGCAUCUGGGUGAGGGUCGUCACUGGACAAGGGUCACUUCCGGGCCAGGGAUAUCUUAGGGUCAUCUCUGGGUGGGGGCGUCUGGUCGAGGAGGGCAUAUUUGGGCAAGGGUCAUCUUUGGGUGAGGGCAUCUUUGAUGGGGCAUCUCCAGGCCCAGGGAGUCUGGGCAAUAGCAUCUGGACAAGGGCAUGUUCGGGAGGGGGCAGGCUGGGUGAGGUUCCCUUCAGGCCAGGGGGCACCAUGGUCGAGGGCAUCUGGGUGAGGAGGGUGUCUGGGUGAGGGUCAUCUUUAGGCAGGGGCCUUGCUGGGCAAAGGUCACUUCUGGGCCAGGGGCAUCCUGGGCAAGGUCAUUUUCAGGCAAGUGCAUCUGGGCGAGGAGGGCAUCUGGGUGAGGGUCAUCUCUGUGCUGGGGCACCUGGACAAGGGUCACUUCCAGGCCAGGGGCAUCAUGGGUAAUGGUCACUCUGGGCCUGGGGCUUCUCGGGUGAGGUCAUUUUCAGGCACAGGCAUCUGGGUGAGGCAUCUUGGGCAGUGGUCACUUCUGGACCAGGGGCAUCAUGGGUAAGGGUAUUUCGGUGAGGAGGGCAUUAUUGGGUGAGGGUCAUCUCUGGGCAGGGGAUCUGGUCGAGGGUCAUUUUGGGCAGGGCUCACUUACGGGCCAGGGCAUCUCUGGGUGAGGAUCUUCCUCUGGGCGAGGGCUGUCCCUCAUCAGGGAGGCUCCAGUCCCCGAGUCGCAGGGUGGCCUGGGCAAGCUGAGGCUAACUGGAGGCCCGGUCCUUAGCACAGGUGGCGCUCACCUGGCCAGGCGUGGGCCAGCUCUUCACUCCGUGCCUGUGCCCCAGGCAGGCCAGCUGGGAGGCACGGGGUCGGCUGGGGCAGUGAUGCAGGGGCGCCUGUCUUCUCACUAAGAGGCAUCCAGCAGGCAGGGCCGAGGCAGGCGGGGCAGGCAUUCGGGGACUCCCUUUCUUCAGAGGCACUUUGGGGCAGGGCAGCAGGCAGCAUUCUGUCAGGCCCUGUGACCGUUGGGGCUAACUGGAGGCCUGAUGAGGGGACAAGGCUGCCUCCAGGGGGGCCCCCACCCCGCCCCCAUGUACAUAUUGUACUUGUGUACAUUUUGUAUAUUCUGGGGGUAGGGCCGCCCCCUGUAUCAUAGCUGAGGCUGGAGCUCGCAAAUGAGGAGGAGGUCUUAAUACUUCUUUGGGGCUGGGAAACUUUAUUUAUUGAGUCUAUGGCACAGGAAAGAGGCGGAGACAGGGUUGUGGCACCCUGGUGAUGUGGCUCCUGUUACUCUUUUUAUCUUGAAAUAAACAGAUUUAGCCACA